AUGUCAAAAGAACAGCAACCCAUUGACCAGGAGGCGAUUCAAUCCGCUCUUGCGGAACUAGCAGGCCUCGAGAAGGAGUUUGAGAAGGUCGAUGUCGACAUCCUACGCGAAACCACACUCCGUCAAGCCCCCCUCUUCACGCGCCGCAACGCCCUCACCUCGCGCAUCCACAACUUCUGGCCCCUCACCUUCGAGCAGGCCUCCUCCGCACUGCAAUUCGACGAGUUCGUGACGCCCGAGGACGCCCACGUGCUCGGCAAGUACCUUCGCAGCGUGAACGUGACGCGGCCCGACCUGGACCACGAGCCGCGCUCGGUGCGCAUCGAGUUCGAGUUCGACGCGAACGAGUACUUUUCCGAUGCGGUGCUGGCCAAGACGUUUGAGUACCAGGCUGGCGCGGGCGGGCUGGCGAGCAAGCCCGUGGCCAUCGGGUGGAAGGAGGGGAAGGACCUGACGGAGGGGGUUGCGGGCGCGGCGGCGGCGGCGUGGGAGGAGAGGGUGAAGGGUGCGCUGGGGGAGGUGCAUGAGCAUGAGCAUGGGGAGGGUGGGUGUGAUCAUGAGCAUGAUGAGGAGGAGGAGGAGGGGCCGGUGGAGGUGUUUCCGAAUGGGGAUGAGGUGGCGGUGCAGAUUGCGGAGGAUAUGUAUCCGAAUGCGCCAAAGUACUUUACUGAGUCCUUGGAGGAAGGUGAUGAUGAGGACGACGACGAGGAGAUCGAGCUCGACAGCGAGGCCGAGGAGGAGCUCACAAAGAACGGGGCCUCCGCCCUCCUGGCUCAGAUGGGAAAGAAGGGGAAGCGCAAUGGCGCUGGCGAGGCGCACGACAGCGAGGAUGAUGGCCCCGCGAAGAAGAAGUCCAGGAAGUAG